UUUGCAUGUUGGCGCAAUUCAGUCUUUGCCGAACAGCCGCGAAAUAUUAGCGCAAAUAACGGAUAAGUGAAAAUGGCAAGUUUCGGUGAUUAGUUCAAUUAAUUAUGAAAUUAGUGAAAUUCAUCUUAGUAAAUUGGUGUUGGAAAAGUGAAAAUAACUAAAUACUUAUUAUUUGAUGAAUAAUAAUAAUGUGCAAAAGUGAAAAGUUUCAAUGCAGAAAAGGCAGGAAUAAGUGUUCUUAUUCAACAGAGUGAAAAAUAACGGUAGUAUCGAGUGAAUUCAGUGUUACCUACAGACUUUAAAUUCGUGAAAUGGUGAAAAAAAUUACUUUCAUUGAGUUUUAAAGCCAAUUACAGUAAGUUCCAAGGAAACUAAGAUAUUUUAAGUAUUUGUUAAGAAAAAAGAAAAUUCAUAAUAAAAAAUAGUUGAAAUAAAUUUAAAAGAAGUUAAAAAAUAAAUACCUUUUUGAUGAGUGUGCAAAGACUUUUAAUUUCUAGUUGAAAAAAUAAUAAAAUAUAACGGUAAUGUGUUUUUUAAUCUAAAAUAUACCACGCAUUUGAAACCUAAAAAAUACAAUACUAUUUGUCCUAAUUUCUGCUUUCAAACUUCUGCCGCAGAAAUAAAAUUUUAGAUUUUAUUGCAAAAAAAUAUAAAAAAUAAGAUCCAACUAGAUUUUAAAUCGCUUAAAAACCAAGUGAAAGUAAAAUUGAAUCAAUUAAGCAAAUAAGAUAAUCUUAAGUGCUUGCCUACUCACCGAAGAGAAAUGUUUAUUGUGUUUGUUAAAAAACCAGAUGUGCAAAUCAAAUGAAAAUAUACUUAAAUUAGGCAUAGCUAAAUAAAAUAAAAUGAAGUCAUAAUUGAUACAACGAUAACAACAAAUAAUAAUAAUCUGAAAAUUACAAAAAUUAAAAUAAAAAUUAUUUUCCAGUUUAUAAUAAACAAAAAAUUUAAUGAUGCAAUUUUAAAAAAUUUAAUUGAAUUUUUCUGCUUGCCAUUUGGAUUUUUGGAUAGUUACAAUUAAUUACAGUGCACUAAAUGGAAACGAAUGGCUGUUCAUAUUCAAUACUUAAAAAUUCAAAUCCAAAAUAAACCCAAAGAUAUACAAAAUUUAAAUAAUUGAAAAGGCCGCUAGCUUUAUUUGAAAGCCGGAACAUCAAAGAAGAUAGAAAAUGAGUUAAUAAACGAAAUCCACCAGCUGAAAAUGGUGUAAAUACAAAAGUAAACUGGUGUAUAUACAGUGAAGAUAUCAGCGGAAGCGGAAACUGAGGUCAAGCGAAAGAUUGAAAGAGAUUUACCUUAUAAAUAAGUAAUGCUAAGAGUACUUAUACAUAUGUAUAAAGGCACAUAAAUCACAAGGCAUGUAAGACAUCCCGCGCUGUACACUGCUAUAAACCGUUAGAUGUGCAUACCCACCUUUUGAUAAGUAUUAGAGGCAAGCAAGUACUCUGAAAGAAUAUAUGUGUAUGUAUCUGCAUAGCCAUAGCCGCUGCUCCUUUGUCUCUAUUUAGUUGAAGCGGUGACCUUAACACUUGCCACACUAACCAAUGCUAAUGAAUCAGCGUCAAAAACAACAACGCGGAAAACAAUUGCACAAUCUGCACCCAAAAACCAACAACUCGUUGUAGCUCCAACAACGAAUAACUAAACAAAGGCUAGCGGUGUAACAACAAUGAAUGUAAUCGCCAAGGUCCAACAAUUCGCACAGACAUUAGCAGUAGUUGGCUUCACCAGCGUCACUGCAGCGGCCACUCAUGCGACGGCACACAAUCCAAGGACGGAUAAUUUACUAGCCGCAGCCGCAGCAGAAACAACUCGUUCCACUUUAACGCUAGCUGCCAGAAUGUUGGCUGGCUUACCGACAUCCGCCUCCGACAUUGCUGACUCAGCGAUAACGGAUAUGGCGGCGGUGGACAGCACGAGCAGCAAUGAAAGUGCUGAGGGUGAGGGUGUGGCUGAAGCAGAGCCGGAUGCGUUGGAUGUGUUGCGAGAUGAAUGUUAUAAACGCUUGAAUGAAACCGCGACACAGUUUACAGCAGGUGAAUCUUACUGCGCUGGCACAUUUGAUGGUUGGCUCUGUUGGCCGGAUACUGCCGCCGGCACUUCCGCCUAUGAGCGCUGCCCGGAAUUCAUAACCGGCUUCGAUCCGACAAGAUUUGCGCAUAAGGAAUGCGGAAACGACGGUGAGUGGUACAAACAUCCGCUCACGAAUAAGACCUGGUCCAAUUACACGACCUGCAUUAAUUUCGAUGAUUUAGAGUGGAAGCACAGCAUUAAUCUCUUUUAUAAGACUGGUUAUGGCAUAUCCCUUAUAGCGAUACUCCUAUCUCUCGCUAUAUACACUUAUUUCAAAUCGCUGAAAUGUGCGCGCAUAACACUUCACAUGAAUUUAUUCACAUCCUUCGCCGCGAACAAUUCACUCUGGCUGGUUUGGUACUUCGUCGUGAUACCCGAAACGGAGAUGCUGAAACGGAGUCCGCCACCCUGUAUUGCGCUGCACAUAAUACUCCACUACUUCCUGCUAACCAACUACUCGUGGAUGCUCUGCGAGGGCUUCUACUUGCACACGGUGCUGGUGUCCGCCUUCAUAUCGGAGAAGAAAUUGGUGAAAUGGCUGAUUGCCCUCGGCUGGGGCACGCCGGCAAUUGUUAUCUUCAUUUACGCUUUGGCGCGUGGCCUCGGCGGCUCCGGCGAUGAAGUCAAACACUGUUGGAUGCAUAGCACGAGCUUCGAGAAUAUUCUCGUUGUGCCCGUUUGUAUUUCCAUUUUUCUUAAUUUGCUAUUUCUAUGCAAUAUUGUGCGCGUCGUGCUGCUUAAGCUGAAGGCACCGGCGAGCAUACAAGGCAGCUGUGGACCCUCACGCACCGUCCUGCAAGCAUUCCGCGCAACACUUUUGCUUGUACCACUAUUGGGAUUGCAGUACAUCUUGACGCCAUUUCACCCGGAUGCAGGCCAUCCAUGGGAGCAGACAUACGAAGUAAUCUCAGCGUUUACGGCCUCAUUUCAGGGUCUCUUUGUUGCCACACUCUUCUGCUUCUUCAAUGGCGAAGUUAUUGCGCAGGUGAAGCGCCGCUGGCGUACGGCUUGGUUUAGCAACAGAGCGCGUGCAAAUUCCUACACAGCAACCCAGGUCUCGUUCGUGCGAUGUGGCCCGCCCUUGCCCGGCGAAGAGAAGGUAUGACUAAAGAGCUUGUCGUCGACGAAAUCGCGUCGCGCCUCCAGCGCCGUCACCGGACGCAGCGGCGGCGAUGCACCAAACGCUGCCGGCAGCAGUCAAGGCGCCACGCGCCUGCGCAGCAACAGCAGCGCACCCGCCACUCAAAAGUCGCCCGCGAAUGCCACAGCGACGCCCGGUCUGUUGGGCGGUCUGCGAAAGUUCCAAUUUCUGCGACGAAAAACCGUCGAUCAGCUGCGCAUACGGCAACCGCUAAUGGAGGAGGGCGGUUGUGCUGCCGAUGGCGGCGCGCAAACAUGCAACUGGAAUAGUCAUAGGAAAAAUGCGACCGAAAAUGUGACGGCGUUAGCCGAGAAUUCGACGUCGACGGCGUUAGCAACUACAGCAGCGGCAACAGCAACAACGGAAGCAGCGAACAACAGCGCUCUAGCAGCAGGGACAACAACGAGUAAUUACUACAAUAACAAUAGCAACAAUCGGCUUAGCAGCAGCGGCAGUUAUAGCAUCGAAGGCAGCAGCACGGAGGGCAGCAAUCGUGCCGGCGGCAUUUUGCUUGUCACCACCACAGCUGUGCACGCAAAUCCCAACACAUGCACCUACAACAAUAAUUUGCAUUUGGAUGGCAACAAAAUCGCCGACGAGGCAUUGUAAGCGCAUUAAAAUGCAGCCGAACGCGAUGUGACAUGUGUGGCAUGUGACUUGUUGUGGUUGGAGGUGGCUUGGCUCUAUGUAUGUAUGUAUGUAUGUAUGUAUAUGGUUUUAAUGUCAGCGUAGUUGUAAGUAAUUGUAGUUAACACGUGAUUAACUGGUACUACGAUAGUUGAUAUAUUUAUUGCCAUUUUCCAAUUUGUGUGUGCGUGUCGACAAUGUCAUUUAGUAGUAGGUGGCAAACAGGCUAUGCUAACAACUACAUAUGUAUGCUUAUUUGUUUAGUUAAGUGCGAAUUAUGUUUUGUAAUUUCGGUUAUAAGUUGAAAAUGUGAGAGUACAGAGUAGUUGUAAAUUAACACUAAGCUUUUUAAUGCUUUAUUGUGCAAUAUUAUUGAAUAGAUUAUUUUUAGAAUUUUAUCCGUUUCUAUGUUAGACUUAUUGUAUAAGAGCAUUGUCCAAAUAACAGUUGUUCGUAGCACUAUACAGUAGCUGAGAAAGAUAGAUUUUGAUUUAUGUAUGUAUAUCAGAAGUAAUCAUAUGACGAAUUGUUAGAAUAAUGUUUAUUUGUCCGUCCGUCCGCGCAUCUAUUUAGAUCCAAGCAACUUUUCACGUUAUAGCAUUUUUCGAAGUCACUGAAAGGUUCCUAAAAUCAGAUCACAUUUACAACCACAUCUCAUAUGAGAAUAUUUGAAUUGCAAAUAAUUGUUGUUGAGGUAUUAGUGCCAUCCUUGUAAUAUGCUCUGACUAACCUGAUGGAACUUGAGACCGAUUGAUUGUUCCUGAAGUAGAAUUACCUCUUGCGUGGAGGUUUAUUAGAUCCCUCUUAGUACAGUCGUAUUGCGUGGAUAGCGACGAGUUGCAGUACCUAAUUAUAUCCUCAUUAUCUCGAGUGGGGGAGGACUAUUUCACACACCUGUUCCACCCAACAUACUGGUUCCUUAAAACGGCUGACGAUCAUUAAUCAGCAUAUUCGAUAUUAUAACCUUAGCUCGUACAAUUAUCCGACAAUCUAACAUCUUGGAGGUGACCCAGGUCUUCCUUUCACUAUUUUCGAAAAUACUACAAAACCACCGCUAUCCGAUUGCAGUCCUCUCGAGAUAUAGCACCUCUGAACUCUGAAUUAAUAAAGUUUUUAAACAAAACAGGGUGCACUUACCAUCCGGACUGUUUGAGCCAUAUAAUAAUCAUAAAACGUCUUUCACACUAUCUCAUAUUCCGCUAGAGGGGUAUAAUUUAAUCGCUAAUUAAGUUGCGUAAAAAUUUCAUAUUACCAAGAAGUGAAAGACCGUUUUCCAAAACUCUUUGUUUUCCAAACAAAUGUAAAUGUUAACUUGCACUACAAAAAUAGAUCUUCAGACAUUAAGAAAACCAGGUUAAUCAGCCACAUAUACCAUUCAAAAAAAAGUACACGAAAAUUGUAAAUAAAACGCAAAAUACAAUAUUUAUUUUGUCGCCUUCAAAGUAAUCCCCACUAGAUAUAAUACACUUAUGAUAACGAUUUUACCAGUCCUCGAAACACAUUUUUAAGCAAUUUUUUAGCGAAUUUUUUUAUCUCUUCGAUCAACUGAAAACGGGUUCCAUUCCGAUGAUUGUUAACUUGUUUGCAUGUCAAACUUAUAACUCCAUGUCUCACUGUUUACGGUACUCUUUUUGAGAAAAAAAUCAGCUUUGUCGGAAUGAAAAUAGCCACCAAAAUCAUUCGAAGGAACUCUCGAGAGAUGUGGAGCUCCCUUGCCAUUUUCAAGCGCCAUAUCCUUCACUUUUUUAAAAUUUUCUUCAGCUGAAGAGGUCGGAAGUGUUCCAGAGCGAGGCAUGCUUUCCACGGUCUCUCGACCGUCUUUGAAGGCUUCGCACCACUCUUAGGCAUGUGUUUUUGAUAAAACUGAAUCACCGUAAGCCUCUUCCAAUAUUCGAAAUGAUUCCGCACACAUAAUUUUCUUAGAAAUACAAAAUUGUAGACAAAUUCUCUCUUCAAUAUUUUUAUCCAUUGUAAAAAUCGCAACGCACUACUGAGGUGUACCGAUUUGGCAGAUCGCGCUCAUAUUUAGUUCAGUAAUUAACGUCAAUCCUAUCAACCUAGCAAAAUACAAUCUUUUGAAAUAGCACUUACCCGUGGAAUUUAAUUACAAUUUCCGGGUGCUUGUUGUCUUAUGUAAUGUAUAUCCUCGGUAUUAAAACGAAGCGAGGACAGUCAUUACCUUCUCGUAACCACGAAUAUACCAAGCUCCAUUAAAUUAUUCUUUUCACGUCAAUAUCCCGAUAUUCACCCUCAAGAUAUUCUGAAAGUCUCCAAAAGGAACUAAUUUUUGGUUCUGAUGAAAUAAGUGUUUUAUGAUUUCUUCUGUGUAUUUUUUUAUCAUUAUACAUAUACGUACAUAUUAUAAAAGUUUUACUAAAUUUAAGAGAACAUAAAAUGCAUUUGAAAAUCUUUAUAAAAUAAUAUUACUGCACAAGAUUUAAACUAACAAAAUGAUGAAAUUUUUCCUGUGGUAUUUUAAACAUUUAAAUGGUAUUUGCAGUAAUAACUUAAACCAACUUCAGUUUUCCUAGCAAUUAAUAUCUAAAUGUAUCCGUUUUAUACAUUUGAACGUUAUUUCCAGUUUCUGAUUCUAUUUUUUGUUGCAUUUAUUGUUUGACAUAUUUUUUUCUAAAAAUACUUGAUAAGAAUAACUUAAGAUAGCUGCUUUUGAUUCGUCAAACGCUAUUCUAACGAAUCGAACAAACUAUAACGGAUGCCCAUUAGUUGGCUUAGUUGCUAAAAUUGAUUUUAAGUCAUAAGUUUUAAAGAUACAAAAAAAUAUAUAUAUUUUCAUUUGAAAUUUAAACCAUUCACAAUAAUAUAACUGAUCUAAAUUUUGCAAAGGAAAACUUAGUAGCAUUGAAGAUAAGGUCCAAACCGCUUUAAUGCCACUUUUGCACGUAAUUUUUUAGCGAAUAGAUCAGAAAUGGACAGAGAAAUGACUAGUCGAAGAGAGAUCAUGUUCCAUUAACAUCACUGGACUUACGCUAUUUUUACAAUUCUUUGAAUUUUUAUAUACCGCAAUGGGUUACAAUGAACUCAGUCUUCCUUUAACUGCCUUGAAACACUUAAUAAAAGUACAUUAUAGUUUAUAAAAAACGGAACUAAUUUUUGGUAAAAUAUAUAGUAAAAAAGAAGAUUUGGAUUUAUGCUGUGUCAACCACUGUAAAUUAAUUCUAAUGAUGGUGGCGGCAGCUUAAAGCUAUCGAAGCAUAAUGAUAUAUAUACUCACUCGACUUCAGAUAUUAAAAUAACUAUAUGUUUAAUGAUUUAUAACUUUUAAUUAAAACCAUCAUUAUAAAUCAUUUAUAAAUUAUAUUGUAUUAUUUAAAUUACUAUAUUAAGCAAAUUUGUCCUAUUAGACAAACACUCAAACCUCAUUCCUUAUCUUCAUUAACUUUCAAAUUUUACGAGAUUUUUAAAUUUUGCAUUUACAAAUUUAAUAAGACAAUUUGUACUUCCUCAUUAGCUUAAAUUAAUUGUAUUGUUAGUGAAACAUUUUUAGAUUAAUACUUAAUUUAAGACAAGCCACCUUCAGUAAACCACAAACAGCUGCAGCACAUAUUCGCAAGCGUUGGCCGAAAUGUCAACAGUCAGCUGUCAACAGUCAACUGUCAGCAGUCAGUCAUCUGUCAGCAGUCAUCUACCAACAAGAAAAACAUGGCGCAAAAUGUCAAAUAUUGCCAUAACAGCUGAAAGAGUUGUGUUCUAAAUACAUACAUAUGUACUUAGUCAUCUAAAUCCGUGCAGAAUAUAAUCAAAAAAUGAGCUUUUACGGCAACUACAAUUGGUGCAAAUUACUAUAAAACUAAGUAGAGAGAUUGUAGGCAUACAAAAGAGAGCAGAGAGUAAGUAAAAUUCAACAAAAAGUCGUGGUAAAACAAUUGGGCAAAAAGGGGUAACAGAAAAAAUUCAAAUUAUUAUGUAAUAACUGUGACAACUAAGUUUUAAUUAAAAUACUAAAUGUAUAUUUAACUAUACAAAUGAAAUUGUACGUAAAUUGUUGUGUGUGUAUUAGAAAUCUAAAACUCAACAAAUCAGGAGUGUCAGCUUUGAAUUGAAAUUACUUUUUAGCGCUUUCUUCAGGAAAAUCAUUUAUUUCACGCAUUGCAUUUUAGUUGCUACAAGUACUUUUAAAUAAUUUUAGAUAAAUCAAAUAUUAUUAAAUAAAUUACAUAUUUUUAAUUAAUUUAUUAAAUAAGCAGCGAUGUAAACUCGCAAAAGAAAACUAUAUAUUUUAGGUGUGCAAUGUCUAACUUGGCUUUAAUUAGUAUGCAACUUGCUGAAUUUUCAUAUAAUAUCUACUUUUUAAGCAAACAUAUUUUGAUAUUUAGCCAAAUAAGUUCAUUUAAAACUUGUGUAUUAUGAUUUGAUAUGAUGAUUAGAUGAAGGCAAUAAAUGUAUAAACACUAAAACUGUGUA